AAAUUGCUAAUCAAUAAGUUUAUGUGACGAUAAUUGAUAAAUGAAGAUAAGGAACCCUAAACAUUACCACUUACCCUAUUUUUUCUACAAAUCAACCAUCAUAAGUAACAACAAUGGCAGCAGAUGAAGAAACUCAAACUUGCAAAAAUCUACCAAAACUUCUUGCUUCCUUUGUCGACACCUUUGUUGACUUCUCCGUCAGCGGCCUCUUUCUCCCUCCUCCUCCUUCAACUUCUAACUCUGAUACACCAUUGGACACCUUCUACCCAUCACCGGAUCGCCUCAUUGCUGUCGGAGACAUCCAUGGAGACUUCGAGAAGUGCAAGCAAUCUCUCCUUCUUGCUGGGAUUAUCGAUUCUGCAGGAAACUGGUACGGAGGCUCUUCUACCGUUGUGCAAGUUGGUGACGUCCUAGAUCGAGGAAGCGAUGAAAUUAAAACCCUCUAUUUUCUGGAAAGAUUGAAACGGCAAGCUGAGAAAUCGGGUGGGAAAUUCAUCACUAUGAAUGGAAAUCACGAGAUUAUGAACAUCGAUGGUGAUUUCAGAUUUAUCACAAUUGAUUCUCUAAAGGAAUUUUCAAAUUGGGCUUUUUGGUACAAUCUAGGUAUUUCAAUUAAGAAAUCGUGUUCUGCAUUUAUCGAUUCACCAAAUGAUCCAUUCUAUGGUGUUCCCCUUGAAUUCAAGGGUGUCAAAACGGAAUUUCAUGAUGGAUUUAGGGCCAGAAUUGCAGCUUUACGUCCCAACGGACCAAUUAGUACUCGAUUUUUGGCCAAUAAUGUAACAGUUCUUGUAAUGGGGGAUAAUGUAUUUGUCCAUGGGGGUUUGUUAGCAAGACAUGUAAAUUAUGGGUUAGAGAAGAUCAACAAGGAGGUUAGAGAUUGGAUUAAUGGGGUCAGAGAUGAUUUAUGGAGGGAUAUUGGGAGAGGGAGGAACUCCAUUGUUUGGUUGAGAAAAUUUUCACAUGAAUUAGCAGAAAGUUGUGAUUGUGAAGCACUUGAGCAUGUUCUUGCUACAAUUCCUGGAGCAAGGAGGAUGAUUAUGGGGCAUACCAUUCAAGGGAAAGGGAUUAAUGGGGCUUGUGAAGGGAAGGCAAUAAGGAUUGAUGUGGGUAUGUCAAAAGGGUGUAUAAAUGGAUUGCCUGAGGUUUUAGAGAUCUCUAAGAAUUCUGAUGUAAGGGUUUUGACUGCUAAUCCUGCUUAUAAGGAUGGUUAUGGUGCUAGAGGUAUGAGAACUGGUAGGAAAGAUGGGCUUGGUGUGUUGCUUGAAGAUAGACCUAAGCAAGUAGAAGUUAGGGCUUGAUGUUUUUGGAUGAUCUUGAGAAUUUUAGUGGUAUUUCUCAUGGAGGACCAAAGCAAGUAGAAUGUAAAGUUUGAAUUUUUUACAAUUUUAACAAUUUACCUGUAAUUCAUGAUUUGUCCGCUAUCCUUCACCCCUCAGACUCUGUCUUUUACAAGCUACUAGGCUGUUAACUAUGAAUAUGUAAUUCAUGAUUCUUCUUGUCUAUUGUUGUGAUCUUGAUAAUACUUGGUUUGUUGUAGCUCGUCGUUUGUGUUUCUCCCUUGUCACAUACUCGUUUCAUGAUUCGUUGUGUCUAUUGAUGUGCAUGAAAACAUGAAUGGAACCAUUUCAACCCAAAUCCCAAGUUGAUAGUUUGAGGCUCCUGAAUAUGUUAUAUACUCUAAUAAAAUCGGAAGGUAUAGACAUAGUUUUCCUAUAUCGGAGACAUGUAGUAUAUGGCAUUGCCAUUAUUCUACACAUCUCUUUCUUUAAGGUGUUGCAAACAUAUGUUAUAAAUGGACCUUGUUUGUUUGAGCUUUAGUAUAUAAUCUUCGGGUGAUAAUUUAGUGCGCGUGUUGUUGGAGAUUAUAUAUAUAGCUGGGCACACAAUCAGCAGAAUAGGUCUGCCACUACAUCAGCAGCUGAUCCAAGUCACUAAACCAAGCUAUACAAAAUUAGUUACAGUUAUUUCGUAACCCACUUUGUAUCAUAAUAGAAAGUUGUUAUUGCUCCUGUUCUUUAGUUUCCUUUCUUGAUUUUAGUCUUUUCCUAUUUUUAUAAAUAGCUAAGGCUACUCUCUUUUGUAAUCAAUCAAUUCUAAUUAAUUAAAAGUGAAGUAGUAAGAUUGAAUGUAUCUUCUGUUCUUGUUUUCAUUAAAUUCAACAUGGUAUCAGACACCUGAAAUUGAUCGUACACACCUUG